AUGACACGAAACUGGGUGAGGCUACCGCUUUAUAGCGAUUCAUACCCACCACUUCUAUUCAGUUACGAGCCAAGCUCGGAGGGCUACGAUGUCUUUCUCACUGACCUGGGCCAUGUUUGGUCUGAGAGUUUAAGCCAUAAACAAAUCAUUGAUCGCGCCGCCAAGGACGAUACCAGCAUCGACCCCAGUCAGGAUGAGGACCAGUACUCAGUACUGCUACAAAAAAUCAAUGAUGCGCUGCAUGGGUCUGAAGGAACAUCACUGUUCCUUUCUGGCCGAGGUGCUGGAUCGAGUUUAAGACUGUCGACUACUACGAAGCUACCAAAGCCCCUAGAACCGUUAGAGUGGACAUUAGUCUUGUCCAAAUGUUCUCCUUCUGCAUUAACACGUCAUAUGCUAGUACCCACAUUACGGAGCUGGCUGGGGAUCGAGGCUCAGCAACAAUCCCUUUGCGAGCUUUUAGAAGAGAAAGAUAAAAUAAUAGGAAAACUUUUCGACAAAAUAGAGUCAUCGGGCCUUGACUUAAGCACUGUUUUCCCCGGGAUGGCGAAUAUACGGCAUGGCCAAAAGAGAGGUUCUCUGUUUUCACAGGCAUCAAAGCUGGUGAAAGGAGUGAGCCCGUUUGACAAAGGUUCUUGGGAGACUAUACAUUCCAGCGGUGCUUCGAAGAAAUCUACGUCAAUACCAGUUUGGAAGUACCUGUAUGAUGAUGAUCUAUUUGAUGCACGAAAUAUGGAACUCAUAGAAUCUGAGUGGUGGAAUCUGCCUACAACAUCCCGUAGCUCCAACCACCCUGGAAAACAAGCUCCAAACAAUCUUGAGAGAUGCACGGAAAAUGAUGGGAGUGAAAGUGAUAACGAAUUUCAAACUCAAGAGACCCCCCCAGGACUCAAAGAAAUUGGGACAAGGUCCUCGCCGGACACAACUGGCCAUCAUAUUAAUUCAGAAAUUUCCCCAACAUGGCACAGCAAGAAGUAUAAAAGUUCCUCUCAGAAGCCUGGGAGCUUGGGAAAUGCAAACGCGAACAUAAAAAUACAGCCACGCACCGAUUCUGAGGAUUCAACUACUACCAGUGCACCAGAAUCACCGCCACGACAGAAAAACAAGCUGAAGAGCAUUGGGACUAUUGGUGGGAAGAAGCCUAGGCCACCACCCAGGCAACAGGAGCUUGAUCCUGCCGCGUCGGAAGCAGAUGAUGUCGUUGACAAACCCCCAAAGCCCAAUUUGGAAGAUCAGGCCACACCAUCACCGACGGAAAGUGACACUAGUGGUGAUAACGAUGACGAUAUCCAUAAUAAAGGAGCUAACAGAGCUAAGGGACAAACUCUGCCUCAACAAAGCCACAGAGGCUCUCAAGAGACUGAUUCAACAACCCAGGUCGCUCAGCUGGAAAGACAAGGACCUCCACGCACACGUGGGCUCGGGAGAAUUGGCGGCAAGACACAGAAAGAAUCGUCGAGCCAGAGUUUGGGUGGGAAAGACGAUGCUCUUGCCACAAGCUCCUGGGGCAAGACAGAUAGUCCUGAAGCAGAAGAGGGAGGCGGUGACCACUCCAACAGUGCAAGCAAACAACAACCGCCCGACUUGUCACAUGGACAUAAUGAGCAAUCAACGGCAACUGCUAAGCCGCACAAGCGGAGUGGUAGGCUUGGUAUUAUUGGGGGAUCGAAAGCUUCUAGCAAAUUCGCCAAUGUCAAGGGAAGGAAUACAUCCUACAAUACUACGAUUUUACAAGACACCAAAGAUAGUAGCCACCAUGAAGCCAGCAGAAUGGUUGAUACAAGAGAAGGCCCAGCACAAGAAUUACCUUCGUUGCCGCCUAAAUCCAGUGCUAUUGAUCAGACAAAAGCCGAGAACACCCCGGGUAAAGAAGAAUCUCCGGAGGAAAGGGCAGAUAGAAAACGACAGGAACUACGACGCCAGCUUGAAGCAGCUAAUAAGGGUCAAAACAAACCAGCAAAGAAGAAACGAAGAUUCUAA